UGCGUUAAAGUGGCCGGACACCCUUCCGAUGUUAAUAAUGGACGUGUCGCAGCUAGAACGGUUGAUGCGCUGUCUGGUGAUUAAGGAGAUGCGCACCAACAGCCUGGAUUUGCUUGAGAGCAAGCUGGACGAUGUCGAUCAGGAAAUGUACGAAGUAAUGCUGCGAACGGACAGUCUGUUUCAGUUCCUUUCGGACGCCAGCAGUGACCAAUUCAUCACCGCCUCGCGCAUAAUCUACGACAAAGGGCUCGAGUUUUACCCGCGAGGUUCGAUCGUGAUCGCUCAGUUCAUCGAGCGCUGCCUGACCCACCCGAAGAACAAAGUGAAACAGUUCGGGUUGCGUGGCGCCGCCGUGCUGGCAAAUGCAUCGCUGCCAGUGACACAAAACAACGUCCAGCUCCUGAUCGUGCACUGCCUGCCGAUGAAAGAGGUCAUCGUGGACACGCUGAUGAAGAUUCUGAUUCAAACGCUGCCGCCCGUCUUUACCGAGGCCGGUGUGCAGAGCAAUCUGCACGCCGCGCUCGAGUGUGACGAAACGAUCCGCUGCCGGGUGUACGAGAUUGUGUGCACCAUUCUCGAGCAGUACCCGGGACUGCUGGGGGCGGCCGAUCGUAUCCUGCAGCGGGCGUUCGAUGAUUUGGCCAAAGACGAUGUGUUGCUACAGACGAACGUGCUGCAAAUCACCACCCGUUUGCUGACCACCAAGGAGGGCUUCGCAUACGUCGAAGCGGCCGAUCUGUUCCGCAAAGUGUACACCAGUUUCGUGAGCAUCGCCGUGAACCCGUACGUGCGGUUCGUGCUACCGAACGCCCUGAAGUUCUACGCCAAUGCCGCGUCCGUGCAGCCGACCAUCUUCCUGGCGCGGUACCCGGAAGCGAUUGAUUUCAUCUUCGACAAGGCAUUCACCGGCGAUCCGAUGCUGAUGGUGAUUGCCUACGAGUCGCUCGGCAUCGUUGGGUUUAAGAAUGAAGGCAAGAUUUUUCUCAGCGAAAAGCGGAAGGACAAAAUGGACAAAAUUCUGAAGGAAAUGCAAAACAUGAUGCAGUCCGCGACGGAAGCAUUUAAGGUGCGCUUCAUCGAGAGCCUGAUCAACUUGAUGGCGGCCGAAGAUGAGCCAAUCGACAACAGGAUCUCAAGCAUCGCCCAGAAGUGGUACGAAACCAUGACCGGGCGCGAGGAUCUAGAGAUGGUGCAGACACUGUUUAAAGUGCCAUUCCCGGACAUUAAGAUGGCGGCGCUGAAGCUGCUGUCGGCCAUCGUCGACUAUCGCUGGGGUCAAAUGUUUUUCCAGAACACAGCCUGUUUCGGUGAGAUGCUGCUGAACCGCGUGCUGGACGUCGACGUGGCUGUGACGCAGUACAAGUAUGAUGUGAUAAAGAAGCUGUCUGCUUCGCCGGUGAUGGACGGGUUCGUGUGCGAAACGCUGCAACAGUACGUGUCGGAGGGAGCGUUUUAUCGUAAGGCAAACGUGGAGGUGGUCAUCGAAGGCGGCCAGUAAGAGGGGGAAGGGGGACGAUGACUUGCGGACUGGGAAAUGUGUCACAAUUUUUUGUAUUCCUAACAACAUGGCUUUCAAACGACUGAUGUCACACUUAAGGGUGUUUAUUUUCACUUCAUCAAUAAAGAAUGCCGCCUGCCAGUAGGGCACAGAGCAGUAA